AUCGGAAAACAAACCUGAAACCUUAGCGCCGUUAUCAGUUUGAUGUAGACGUUCAACUUAAAAAGAUGUUUAGACUUGUACGAACAGUUAAUAGGCCAAGGAAUGGCGCGGAAUAUUUAAGCAUUCGAUUGAAACAUACAGAAAAAAUCCUAGCCAUUCGACGGGAAGAUCAAUCCGUCUGGGAAAGGCGAGCUCCAUUCAAUCCGCAUUAUGUGAAGAAAUUGGUGGACAAUGGAGUUAAAGUGAUUGUACAGCCGUCCAAUCGGAGAGCAUACCCAAUGCAGAUGUACCUGAAUGCUGGGGCAGUUGUUCAAGAAGACAUAAGUUCGGCAUCCGUAAUUUUUGGUGUGAAACAAGUGCCGGUAGAUGCACUGAUUCCGGACAAAACAUACUGCUUCUUUUCACAUACAAUAAAAGCUCAAGAGUCCAAUAUGCCGUUAUUGGAUGCAAUUUUAGAGAAAAAUAUUCGAUUAUUUGAUUACGAAAGAAUUAUCGAUGAGAAUGGGCAACGAUUGGUGGCGUUCGGUAAAUACGCAGGUGUUGCGGGUAUGAUAAAUAUUCUCCAUGGAUUAGGCUUACGUUUACUGGCGUUGGGACAUCAUACCCCAUUUAUGCACAUAGGCCCGCCGCACAAUUAUCGGAAUUCAUCGAUGGCAAGACAAGCAGUACGAGACUGUGGCUACGAAAUCGCUUUAGGAAUGAUGCCAAAAUCAAUCGGGCCAUUAACAUUUAUCUUUACCGGUUCCGGAAACGUCUCACAGGGAGCUCAAGAGGUUUUCCAAGAUCUACCAAUCGAAUACGUUUCACCGGAAACACUGAGAAAAGUUUCCGAACAUGGAAAUCAAAAUAAACUGUACGGCUGCGAGGUUAGUCGAUCUGAUCAUCUGGAAAGACGUGAAGGUGGCGGAUUCGAUGCACAGGAAUACGAUCAAUAUCCGGAACGAUACAUAUCCACAUUCAACACAAAAAUAGCACCAUACGCAUCCGUCGUAAUCAACGGUAUCUACUGGGCCGUUGGCUCGCCAAAACUUAUGACUUUGCCUGAUGCAAAAACAUUACUCCGACCGGCUAACACUCCAUGGUUACCGUCCAGCAAAGGAGCGCCAGCUCUUCCUCAUCGUAUGCUAGCAAUUUGCGAUAUAUCUGCAGAUCCUGGGGGCUCCAUCGAAUUCAUGAACGAGUGCACAACGAUCGAUACACCGUUCUGUUUGUACGAUGCUGAUCGGAAUAAAGACUCUAAAAGCUUUAAGGGGCCUGGUGUGCUAGUUUGCUCGAUCGAUAACAUGCCCACUCAAUUGCCCAGAGAAAGUACAGAUCUCUUUGCAGAAGUGCUUUACCCGCACACCUAUGACAUCUUGAGGAGUGAUGCGAAGAAACCGCUAGAAAAUCAUACAUUUAGUUAUCCAAUAUUCUCGAGCAUUGUUGCCAGCAACGGUAAACUAACCGACAACUUCCAGUACAUAUCCGAACUACGCGAACAAAAUACUAGAUCUCGUCACAAAUCAGAGGUAUCGCACGAGGGCAAAAAGCGAGUUCUCAUUUUGGGAGCUGGAAUGGUCAGCGCACCGGUGGUUGAAUAUUUACACAGAGACGGAAAGUUGCACAUCACCGCAUGUUCACAUUUGAAGGAAGAAUCUGAUAAAUUGGCACAGAGAUAUCCGGGCGUUCAAAGUGCAUAUUUGAAUGUUACCGAAAAUCUCAAUCAUUUGCGCACCCUUUGCGAGGAUAGUGAUGUGGUAAUUUCACUUUUGCCAUACUCUUUGCAUGGUCUUGUCGCUAAAGAAUGUAUCGAAGCGAAAACUCAUCUCGUAACAGCAUCUUAUGUAACAAACGAAGUGAAGGAGUUGCACGAGAGUGCCAAAAAUGCAGGAGUCACGCUAUUAAAUGAAGUCGGUUUAGAUCCCGGCAUUGAUCACUUGCUUGCACUGGAAUGUUUUAAAGACGUACAUGAGCGAGGUGGUGUUAUCGAGUCGUUUGUAAGUUUCUGUGGCGGUCUGCCUGCGCCCGAACAUUCCGACAAUCCUUUGCGUUACAAAUUUUCAUGGUCUCCACGGGGAGCACUGCUCAAUACACUGGCCAGUGCUAAGUAUUUGAGUAAGGGACAAGUGGUCGAAAUAUCUGGCGGUGGUGAUUUGAUGUCAUCGCCGCGUGAGUUAGACUUUUUGCCAGGAUUUGCGCUUGAAGGUUUCCCCAAUCGUGAUUCAACUCAGUAUGGAGACUUGUAUGGACUGGGUUCGAAAGUGCAGACUCUGGUGAGGGGAACCAUUCGCUAUAAAGGUUUCUCCGAUUGUAUAAAAUCGAUGCAGUUGUUGGGCCUCAUUGAUCCAGAGCCGCAUCCAAUGUUACAUCCGAGCGGACCAGAUGUUACAUGGAAACAACUGGUGGUGAAUCUACUUGGCAUGACAGACACUGAUAUUUUCUAUGAAAAUCUGAAACAACGUCUAGCAGAUCAAAUCGGUGUCAGCCCGGAUGGACUAGAGAAUUUGGGAUUGCUAGAAGACACUCCGAUAGUGAAAAAAGGCACCCCAUUGGACACACUCAGUCACUAUCUGACUCACCGACUUGCGUUCGGCGACGACGAAAGAGAUUUAGUGAUAUUGAGACACGAAAUAAUCGUGCGAUGGAAUGACGGACGUCGCGAAGAGAAGGGAAUUAAUUUCGUUGUUUACGGUCAACCGGCCAGUCAAGGUGGACAUUCAGCUAUGUCGAUAACUGUUGGUUUUCCCGCUGCAAUCGCAACCAAAAUGUUACUAGACGGCGAAAUUCAACAGCCUGGAGUGCUAUUGCCAUUCACACCGGAUAUAUACUUGCCGAUGCUGUCGAGGUUGCAGAGUGAAGGAUUGAAAGCUACUGAAACGUCGAGGUGGUUGUAGGUGCUAGUCUUUGAUUUAAAAUUGUGUAUUAACUCCCAUAUCGAUUUGGGAGAGUAUAACAGUAGGUAGAUGAUAAAACGUCGUUGCUAUUAUAAGUUUAGAGAGGACGCAGACAAGAUUUAACAGAACGGAAAUUAAAUAAAUUAUUUUACAA